AUGGGCCAAGUUAUGUUGGAAAAGGGCGCAGAUAGUAAGGCAGCAGACGCAGAUGGAGUAACACCAUUGGUCGUGGCAGCCUUCUAUGGAAAUCUGGAGUUUGUCGAAUGGCUCCUACGAAUGGGAGCCAGCAUUGAACCAACGAACGGAGAUAAAAGUGCAUUACAGAUGGCCUCAUUGGGAGGCCAUGAUGCUAUUGUCAAGAUACUCCCUGCAGCUGGAGCUGACGCGAAUGCCCAGGGUGGUGAUUAUUUUCUACUUGAUUCUGGUGUCAGUAUCAAUGCCCAAGGAGGUGAAUAUGGCAAUGCUCUCCCGGCCGCUCUAUUAAUCAAUUUCGGUGCCGAUAUAAAUACCCAAGGAGGGAAAUAUGGCAAUGCUCUACUGGCUGCUGUACUUGAAAAAAACACUGAGGCAGUAGUACAUCUAUUACUCAAUUCUGGUGCCGACAUCAAUGCCCAAGAAGGCGAAUAUGGUAAUGCCCUCCAAGCAGCCGCAACUCGUGGAGAAAAUAUCGAGGUAAUACAGCUGCUACUCAAUUCUGGCGCCGAAAUCAAUGCUCAAGGUGGUGAAUAUGGCAGUGCCCUUGACGCCGCUAUUAAACAUGAACACACCGAGGUAGUGGAGCUGCUACAACGCUGGUGCUGA